AUUUCUUAGGCAGAAUCAUUUUAUUUUUAAUUGUUUAGGGAAGUUGUUACUGGCACGGCACUGCAUAAGUCCGAACACUUUAUGUUUGACUGUAGAACCGAGCCUUGAGACAUUUCUUUGUCCAAUCUUUUUUUUGUUGUCCAAUUACUUUUUAUGCAAAAAGAAAAGAAAAUUAGAGCCCAAAACGACGUUUCUUGGAAGUUUACAGCUAAAGUGCUUGUAAACUAAGUAGCUCUGAAUAAUUAAUUGAACUCUCUCUAAGCUUUAGAGUAAAAAAUCUAAGCUUCGUAGAAUAAAUAAAGACCAUAAUGAAAGGCAUGUCAAGAAAGGUCUUCUUUUGGAUAAUACAUAAUUUUUUCUCUUUAUCUCUCAGAAGAAACUUUAUGGUUCGUUUCUUUGCUUCAUAGAUUUUGCUAGAUUCUGAUUCCGAGUAUUACUUCGACUCUAGACACUAAACCACCGGUUGAUUCUUCCGCAUUUUCAUAUAGAACAUUCAUCUUGUUGCCUUCUUCUGCCUCAAGAAAUCGAAAAAAAUGAACAUUUUUCUUAGGUGCUUCAAACCCAAGUUCUACAAGAAAAGCAAGUCUACAACCAGUUACAUGAAGAUUCGGCUGGAUAUAGUGAGGAAAAAAAGGAUUGCGAUGGUUAAUUUCUUGGAAAUGGACAUUGUGGAUUUUCUCAAGAAUGGCCUAGAGUAUAAUGCUUAUACAAGAGCAGAAAUGUUACUCGAAGAACUUAGGAUUAUAUCAUGUUAUGAUAUCAUUGAACGAUUUUGUGACUCUAUAUCUGAAAAUCUCUCACUAAUGCUGAAGAAAAGGGAAUGUCCUGAAGAAUGCAAAGAAGCUGUUUCAUCUUUGAUACAUGCAGCUGCAUGGGUUCCUGAUGUUCCUGAACUUAAGGAUCUUAGAGCCGUGUUUACGAAGAGAUUUGGGAGUUUCAUUCAUUCAUCUGUAAAUCAUGAGCUCGUUGAGAAAACUGAAUUGCGAAGUAGACCAUCACGUGAACUGAAGAUUCAGACAGUGAAAGAUAUUGCUAAAGAGUUUUCGAUUGAUUGGGAUCCUACAGCUCUGAAUCUGUUUCUGCUUGGACAAACUUCAUCUUCGCAAAUUGAUGAUAAGGUAGAGACAGGAACUGAUGAUUCGAAGAUUAGGGAAGAGAAAAGUAUAGUAAAUGAUCAAAGCGAGAAUGAAUCGGUUCUUUCAGAGAGCUGGACAAGGGAUUCAUUGUCUAAAGGUAGUUUGAGUUCUAGUUCGAGCUCGAGUCUUAGUUCUCCAAGAAGAGACUCUGAAAAGAAGAAGAUUCUGCCUUACGGACUAAUCUCUCCUCCACGCACGAAACCAGGAGGUAGAAACAAUUGAGAAAUCACAAGAGGAGAAAGAAGUAGACAUAUAAAAUAUAAAUAUGUCUAUAAAUACAAAAAUCUAAGUUAACAUAUAAAAUAGGGUAUAAUGGAAACCGGUCCAAAAAAUAGUUAGCGUACCGUUUGAUGUAAACCGGAUUCAGGAUUUCGGGCCGGUUGGUGAAUCCGAAUCUAAUUUAAAAGUAAAAAGUAAAAACUUCUAACCCCUUCAGAAGUCAAAUAUGAAGAUGAUGUUCUUCCACAUAAUCAAUGAUUAACUAGUUUAAUAAUAAAGUUUAAUCAUACACUCAACUAAAAAAUAAACAACAUGGCAUCUAUAUGAUGUUAUACAUCGAACCUUACCAAACAUCUCAUCUCUCAUGAGCCAUGGCCGGAGAUUAUGAUCCUGAAGCAACUCC